GUCUGAUCCACAAGAGCCGCUCCUGAAGGAGGAAGUGACUGUGGUUUGAGAAGCUCCACUGCUGUUCCUGUGGGGAGAGCUUUGUGCCUGGGUAGCGAGGGCUGGGGCAUCAGGAGGAUGAUGGAUCGCUAUAAGAUCCCACGCACCAAAGAGCUGGAGUUUGGAGGGCCCCUGGGAGCCGUGAUCCUCAUCUUUCUCAUGCCAGCUACUGUCUUCUAUCUCCUGCUGACAUGUGGCACAGAGCAAGCCAGUGUGCUGAACUUCCCGCCUCCACUUCCACCCCUGAGCACCCUCUGGAACCCCCACACCUUCCUGUUGCUCCUGGCUUGGGUCGGGCUGCAGGCUGCCCUCUACAUGCUGCCUAUGGGGAAGGUCACAGAAGGGAUCGUCCUUCGAGACAAGAGGCGGCUCCAGUAUCGUAUCAAUGCUUUCCAUGCGAUGGGCGUCACAGCCCUCGUGGUGGGGGCUGGACUGGCAGCCGGACUCCGCCUCAGCUACAUCUAUGACCACUUCCUGCAGUUGGCUUUCUCGGCCUUGCUGCUGGCCUUUGGCCUCAGCUUCCUCCUCUAUUUCAAGUCCCUCUUUGCUCCAGAGACAGCACUGGCACCUGGUGGGAACUCAGGUGAGUCUGUCCUCUCCCUUGGGGCAUGCAGACACAGGGAUAAUCUUCUACAAACACACACACGCAUACUUAGAUGUAUGUAUCUAUGUACAUGUGUGAACGCACAGACAUGCUCACACUGGCAUUUGUGCAUCACACAUACACAGGGAUACACAGAGACACUCUCUUAGAUACACAGGUCACACCUAGUGUAUCAAUGGAAAGUGCAGGGUAAAGCAGACAGUGAUGCCAGUCGUGGUGUGCAAACUGCAAGGAGUUUAGGGAGGUAUCUGGUCAGCUGAUAAGGGUCAGGAAGGAACCACUUUUCUUAUAGGGAGCUUAAACUUUGGGGGCCAGGUCUCCCUGCCAACAGCAUGGCCUAGUGGUUAGGUCCCAAAAUUAGCCAGCAGAAAAGGGGUGCAGACCUUGCUGCUGGUGCCCUGGCCUGGAAACUCCAGCCCACUAUAUAAGUAUAGUCCUUAAGUUUGGGGCGUGGCCCCAAGAGUCUAGAUUUCCCCUUAGUAGGGUUCUAGCAUGUUUCCCCCUGUGUCCUAGGAGGUGGGGUUGGAAGUUUAUGUGCUCCUGUGGCUGGCCAAGUUGACAGGCUUUGGUACCUAUCCUGCAGACAGCAGAACCACACUCCUGUCUCCUUGCUGGUCAGUUCCUAACUGAGCCAGGCUCCUUUCCUUUUAUCUUCCCUCCAGGCCUGGCAUCGGCAACAGGUAAAGCAGGGCAUGGCUAGCUGGGCUAAAAGGCUUUGUUUAACCCCUGUGAUACCAGGCCCUCCUCUCUUCACACCCUUCCACCUUCUAAUGAAGCAUCCAGCAACAGCACCCAUUGGAGACCAGACACAUCGGCUGUGUCUAGAUUGGCAAGUUUUUCCGCAAAAG